AUGAUGAAUUAUAAAGUUAUUGAUAAAAAUAAAAUUUAUGAGGCUAUUGAAGAUUUCAUUCUUCACAUAAUUUCUUGGUUGUUAAAUAUUAAUGUUGAUAUAUUUAAAAAUAAUUUAGAUAAAAAUUAUUCUAGUAAUCUUUUUGAUAAGAAACUAGUUAAAUUAUGCAGAACUCUCUCGGUUGUAGAAAUAAUAAACAACAUGAUCAUUCAGGAUAAAAGUUGCACACAACGGGAAAUUUAUUAUAAACUUUAUAAUGUGUUUUAUGAACAAUCUCAGACUAAUAGAUACAUAAAAGAAGUUUGUAACAUUUUAGGUUUCCCAAGAUCAACAUUAAAUAUAUAUGCAUCAGAAAAAGGAUGUAUAGCUGGGUUACUUGUACUUCAAAAAAACAAUGAAAUUUUAAAUCUAAGUGAAAUGAAUAAUGGUUUAAUGAUUAAUGAGUGUCUUUUAAAUGUUGAUAAAAUUGAUACAUUAGCACAUUAUAUAAUAGUUGUUGAAAAAUAUUCUCUAUAUCAAAAACUCUGUCAACACAAAAUUUGGGAUAUUCUUCCGUGUAUUUUAAUAACUGGAAAAGGAUUUCCUGAUUUUUCAACAAGAAAAAUUCUUUAUCAACUUAUAGCCUUAUUUAAUUUAGAAUGUGCUUAUGUUGGUGAUUAUGAUCCUUAUGGUAUUAGAAUUUAUCUUACAUAUAAAGAAGGAAAUUCAACAUAUGAAAAUAAUAUAUGUUCAUGUAAAAAUAUAAAGUGGAUAGGAAUGUGCUCGGAAGACAUUAAAUUGUUUCCAAAGCAAUCCCUAUUAGUACUAACUAAAAAAGAAAAAAAGGUAAUAAAAAAUUUAUUAGAAGACAAAAAUUUAAAUUAUUCUCAAAUUAAAAAGGAAGUUUGUGAAAUGGAAAAAAUGAACUAUAAAUUUGAAAUAGAAGCAAUAGAAUAUUUAGGAAUGGAAUUUUUUAUUAAAAAAUAUUUAAUAUUAAAAAUUUUAAGAAAACAAUGGUUAAUAUAA